UUAGCAGUCUUUCCUUAUCAAGGGAGCUCUAUAAUCCUGGAAUCUGGGAACGUUAAUGAUUAUGAAGUCGUGUAUCCACGAAAAGUCAGUGCAUUGCCCAAAGGAGCAGUUCAGCCAAAGUAUGAAGACGCCAUGCAAUAUGAAUUUACAGUGAAUGGAGAGCCAGUGGUCCUUCACCUGGAAAAAAAUAAAGGACUUUUUUCAGAAGAUUACAGCGAGACUCAUUAUUCCCCUGAUGGCAGAGAAAUUACAACAAAACCUCCGGUUGAGGAUCACUGCUAUUAUCAUGGACGCAUCCAGAAUGAUGCUGACUCAACUGCAAGCAUCAGUGCAUGCAACGGUUUGAAAGGACAUUUCAAGCUUCAAGGGGAGACGUACUUUAUUGAACGCUUGAAGCUUCCCGACAGUGAAGCCCAUGCAGUCUACAAAUAUGAAAACGUAGAAAAAGAGGAUGAGGCCCCCAAAAUGUGUGGGGUAACCCAAAGUAAUUGGGAAUCAGAUGAGCCCAUCAAAGAGGACUCUCAGUCAAAUCUUACUCCUGCAGUAAGUCUCAUAGCAAACAUAGUUUGAGAACCGGGAUUCAUUUACUUUUUUCUAAACUGUAAAUUAAGAGAGAAAUUCUUUGGGGGAGGGGUGAUUAGAUAGAAUUCAAAAGGGAGCCCCCCAUUUCAAUCUUUUUAUUCUAGCCAUGGUAUAAAAGAAAUAAUGGAAACUUGAUGAACAGAAAAUACACGUUCCAGGCUUAUAGCAUUUUCUUUGGUCAUACAAACUUAGUUUGGAGAUUUGAAUCAAAAUGGAUUUAAAUGAAUCUCCAAAUCAUCGCUACUUUCUAAGUCAGUUUUGAAAAGUAAUCAGAUUAUCCAUUUGGAUGCCUCUUUUAUGCAUGCAGAGAGGACUUGGGAUGGGGGAGAAACUGGUUUGAAAUAUUUAACCGUUUUGAGAUUUGUGAUAAGAUCAUUAUAUAAUCUUGAUUCCA